ACCAAGUACCAUCAGUUGCCGAUGUCAUGCCAGUCGAGCGCAGUUGGCUCGUCUGCUAACACUAGAUACAGUUAUUUGGGUUAUAAGCUCGAUAAAAUUCGCUUUUAACUUAUUUUAUGUUUGUGAUUUUCGAACUUUUUAAAUGAUACUUAAAACUGGUGUACUGAUUAAAUUUUUAAUAUAGCAGAUCUCCAUUUUGCUUAAGACUUACUACAGCAUGGAGGCGAGAAAAAAAUUAUUUUUAAUAUACUUUAUGCUGGCUGGUUCGACAUUUGCGCAAUCUUUUCAUAAUCCAAGCUUAAAUGGAGAAGAAACGUCAACCAAUCUAGGUGAAGUGGAAUCACGUGAAAAUGCUCCAGACUUGGAGUUUCAAUAUCACGAUCAUGAUCAGAUGACGCGGUAUCUACGUGCAGUUUCUGCCAAAUAUCCUGAACUCACAGCUUUAUAUUCCAUUGGGAAGUCGGUACAAGGUCGAGAUCUAUGGGUGAUGGUCGUCUCUGUGUCUCCAUACGAGCACAUGAUUGGGAAGCCUGAUGUUAAAUAUGUGGCUAACAUACACGGUAACGAAGCAGUAGGACGGGAGCUACUUCUACAUCUUAUACAGUAUUUAGUGACGUCGUAUGCAACUGAUCCGUACGUGAAAUGGCUGUUGGACAACACACGUAUUCACUUAAUGCCCUCAAUGAAUCCUGAUGGUUUCGCAAUAUCGAGGGAAGGACAAUGCGACACCAUACAUGGCAGGCACAAUGCACGUCGUCAUGAUUUGAACAGGAAUUUUCCCGAUUUUUUCAAAGCGAAUACAAAACAGCCUCAGCCAGAAACGGAAGCAGUGAAACAAUGGAUCAGCAAAAUACAGUUCGUUCUCUCUGGGUCGCUGCAUGGCGGUGCUCUGGUCGCGUCUUAUCCUUUCGACAACACUCCCAGUUCUAGAAUAUGCAGAUCAUCAGUUCUGUGUUCUGUGUUUCAAAACUAUGAACACACGCCGUCAAUAUCUCCCGAUGAUGAUGUCUUCAAACAUUUGUCCUUGGUAUACUCUAAAAACCAUGCCAAAAUGUCUCGAGGUGUCUCUUGCAAAUCGGGAUCACCAAGAUUCGAAAAUGGCAUUACAAAUGGAGCGGCCUGGUAUCCACUGACAGGUGGCAUGCAAGACUACAACUACCUGUGGCACGGAUGUAUGGAAGUCACUUUAGAAAUAUCUUGCUGUAAAUAUCCCCCAGCCCACGAAUUACCCAAAUACUGGCAAGACAAUAAACAGUCUCUUAUAAAAUACUUAGCGGAAGUACACCGAGGUGCCCACGGCUUUGUCAUGGAUGAAAAUAAUAAUCCAGUAGAGCGUGCAGCUAUCAAAAUCAAAGGACGAGAUGUCAAUUAUCAUACUACUAACUUCGGAGAAUUUUGGCGCAUUCUUUUACCCGGAACGUACCGCAUGGACAUUUCGGCGGAGGGAUAUUUACCACAAGAAGUAGAAUUUAUUGUUAUUGAUAGCCAUCCAACGCUAUUAAAUGUUACUUUGCGUUCCGCGAAGUUUCUCCUAAGGACAAACAACGCAUAGAUGGAGGUCCAUACUACAGACCCCUGCCACCACCGCCGCGUGCUCCUCCAGUGCCCACACCUUCUACCGGGAUCUUCGCAUCUCUUACCAACUCUUUCAAUAACAUGGUGUCGAAUUUCUUUGGUUAAAAGCAAUUUAAAAGAUCUUUUAUUAUGUUAAACAUCCAAAGAAUUUAAUAGUAUCAAAAUGUUAAAAUAAAUAGCCUCUACAUAGUUUGUUUAAUAGGAAAAAUGUAAAAUUUAUUACACAAUAAAUCUACUUAGAUACAUAUUAUUAUGUACAUGCUCGUACAUUUCUGACAGGAAAACUUAUAUCUUGUUCCAAAAUAGUCAAAUACUUUGUUGAAAUUGUUGUCUCAACUCUAAGAUCUCCUUUAGAUCGAUAAAUGUCUUUAGUUCGAAAUUAAGUUGUAAAUAGUAGUAGUAGCAAUGUUUCUAGAACUAUUUAUUUUAUAAUUGUGUACCUAUUUAAUUAAAUUUGUUGCAAAUUUA